GACUCUAUUUAAUUUACUACUUGAAUCAGAAAUCCAAAUUGACAUCUUUACCUGCCAGCCAGACGUACAAUUGAAUUAUAAUACUUAUGGCUGUUAGCUUGAAAUUUCCAUGGAAAAGCACCUUAAAAACAACCCAACUGUGGUUGUCCCCGCCUCUUCAAUUCUUUCUUCUUUCUUAGAAUAAAUGCCAAACCUUUUGCUUAUGAGACACGCACCACAUUACACCAACCUUGUGAAAGGAGGUUUCAGGCCGUGCCACUAAUUGGCUUCACACACUCAUCAUAACCAACCUCAUCUGCAUUGAGUACCCAAAACAGAGAACUCUAUAAAAGAUCAUCUCAUUUGGUUUGCCCUGUGGAACAUACAACAGUUGUGUGUUGGUGUUUCUUUACCUUUUGUUUCUGAGUUCUUCGAACAAUACUACUACAUUUCCUUUGGUGGACAAAGAACACCAUCUAAUUAAAACUCCUACUCAGUGUUGAAUAAAGUUUAGUGUCUAUUAAACUUUUCUCGUUUCUCUUGUGUUGGCGUAACAAGCACUAUGUUGGAGGGACAUCAACUUUUGGGCUUUGGCUUCUUUGUAAUUGGUUUAUGGCACUUCUUCAACCACAUCAAGCUCCAUGCUCUUAGUUCCAAGUCCUACUCAUCAACCCUAUGGUUUCCCACCAAAAUAUCCAGAUACUUGGAGCUCCACUUCAUCAUGGCAAGCUGCACAAUCUUCAUUGCCUCGGAACUCUUCAUUGCUCCCAUUCAUCACCAACCAUUAGACCCUGAUGGAACCAUUCCCACCACCCAUCUCCACAACUUUGAACACUCCUUCAUGGCCAUGGCUUUCUUGGUCUAUGCCAUUUUUGCCAUAGUUCUUGAUAGAAAAUGCAUCAAAGCUCAGCAUGAGCUAACUAAUUUGCUAGGAGCCUUAGCUUUUACACAACAAUUUCUUCUCAUCCACCUUCACUCUAGGGAUCACAUGGGACCAGAAGGCCAAUACCACUUCUUGUUGCAACUUUUGAUCAUUAUUUCUUUGAGUACAACCCUCAUGGGAAUUGGCUUCCCUAAGAGCUUCUUGGUCUGCUUUGUGCGUUCUGUCAGCAUAAUCUUCCAAGGUGUGUGGCUUAUGGUCAUGGGUUUCUUGCUUUGGACACCAGGGUUCCAAGCCAAAGGUUGCUUCAUGCACCUUGAGGAGUCUGAUGAAUAUGUAGUGAGAUGCAGUGAUGAUGAGUCACUUCAUCGUGCUAUCUCCUUGGUGAACAUUCAGUUCAGCUUCUUGUUGAUUGUAGUCACCAUUUUUGGCAUGUCUUUCUACUUGAUUCUGGUUAAAAGAUAUGGUGAGAAAGUGGAGUAUGUUUUUCUGACAAAGGAGGAACAUUACGGUGAAGAAGAUGGCUUUGUGAAACCUAAAGUCACUAUCCACCUUGACAAUAACAUCCACGUUGAAUCCCAAUCCCAAGAGAAAAGCAUGCGAGAGCAAAUUUAAAAUAAGCACUUUGUGAUACCUAAAGGCAUUGGUGUAAACGGUCAAUCAAUCAGAAAUAUCAUUCUUAUGAUUUUCAAAUAAUUAUGGUAAAAAUCAACAAAUUUACUGUUAUGAUUUAUUUAUUAAGCCAAGUGAAUCAAUUAGUGUGUAUGUAAA